AAUACAUCUUCUUUUAGGAAAAGAGCUUUGUCAAUAUGCCGCGUCACACCCAGAGGAACGUGAGAAAGCCCAAAGUUCCCUGUGUAUAUUUCCAUACGUUGAGCCGCAACGGUUGGAAGCCAUCAACAAUGAAUCUGCACAUAGUGGUCUAUACAAUAAUCAGGUGCGGAUUUUGUCGCAAGGCGGAUUUGCCGCGGAAGAAACUUAUUGCAAUCUCACCACCAUUCGUCAUGGGGCGGCGUUUGCAAUUGACGCCGCGUACACAGUUAUUGACAGCGUUGAUCGAGCCGUGAAUGCGGGGGUGAGUCUCAACCUUAGUGCUAACAUUAUGCCUUUUGUUCGGUCCACCUCAAUAGAUGGCUUUACGGGGAUGUUUACUAUUGACAAGGCGGGGAAUCGUGACUUGGCGCCGUUUGGUGUUGAUAUUCAAAUGGUAAAUCGUACUCUUUACCUUGGAAUGUGGAGUAGCAACCAAACAUCACCGUUUCGUUACACAGCCACUGAGCCUAUUGUCUGGAUGACGGGCAGUAGAGAGACUCCGGCGGACACCUUCCGUGAUAUCCAAUUCAUCCUAGGCACAACUGUCUCGGCAAGCCCGGGUACCAUUGUUCUCUCGGUGUUGGGCUUUGUUGGCACCAUCGCCGUCUUUGCCUUUUGUUAUCGUCACUACAAGUUGCAAAAACUUGUGGAGCUUAGCCUUCAGAGCAAUCGCGUCCCCGUCACGGAGGAUGAGAUGCGGCGGCUGCGGGGCACGCGAUCGCUUGGGUCCGACUUGUAG